AUGACUGGAAGGGCGCUAAGAACGGUAAUCAACAACCGAAUACCCCUCAACCUUCGUGGUGUCCCUGCGAUAGGCUGUCGAUAUCAGUCCACCUCCUCUCCUGCAUCUUCGAGCGUUCCACCGGUGAAGGAGAAUGAGCUGGCAAAGAUAAUACGGGACAGCAUCAAGUCGACAGGUCCGAUACCGAUCUCGAGGUAUAUGCAGUUCUGUCUCUCACACCCUACAUAUGGAUAUUAUCAGAAAGGAGAUGUAUUUGGAGAGAAAGGUGAUUUCAUAACAUCUCCAGAAAUAUCACAGAUAUUUGGUGAACUAGUAGCAAUUUGGUUUCUCACACGGUGGAUGGAAGCCGAUUCACCCUCUAGAGUGAGGAUAGUAGAACUAGGUCCGGGGAGAGGUACUUUGAUGGAUGAUAUUUUACGUACAUUAUUCAAUUUCCCUGGCAUAUCCGGAUCUAUAAAGUCUAUUCACUUGGUCGAGAACAGUGAAGCUUUGAGAAAGAUACAAGGCGAUAAAUUGUCGAAGAGAUUGGAAGGGAAAGAGGUGGAUCUGGAGUGGUAUACAGGUAUCAACGAGAUUCCAGAAACCAAUGAUACAUAUACACUGUUCGUGGCGCAUGAGUUCUUCGAUGCGAUGCCUAUAAAUACUUUCGAAAAGACAGAUAUGGGUUGGAGGGAAGUUCAAGUGGAUAAUGAUCCAGGAUAUGCACCAAAUCUACCCGCCCAAACAUCCAAAUCUGGCCUACGUCUUUCCCUUUCCUCUGCACCUACACCGCUUUCAACCGUCCUUCCAGCCACAUCACCUAGAUUCACGAAUCUGUCAACAGGAUCAAGGAUCGAAAUCGCCCAAGAUUCAUUCAAGAUCAUGCGACGGGCUGGUGAAUUGAUAAGUAAAGGUUCAGGAGGUUGUGGAGUGGUAGUUGAUUAUGGGGGAGAUAGAUCAUACGGACAGUCAUUCAGAGCAUUCAAAAAUCACAAGAUAGUAGACGUUUUCGACGAUCCAGGAAACGCAGAUUUGACUGCGAAUGUGGAUUUUGCCUAUCUGCGAGAAUCUUUAACUGGUACAGGAUCAUCUUCCCUAGGCCCAAUCUCCCAGUCAUCAUUCCUCCUCUCUCUAGGCCUCCAACCUCGUCUUCGAAAACUACUCGAUUCUGCUACAGACGAAAAGAGGAAAGAAGAUAUACGAAAAUCAGCUCAGAGAUUGAUAGAUCCACUGGGUAUGGGUGGACAGUAUCAGGUUAUGGGAAUUACGAAUGAUUCAGCGCUGAGAGUUGCUGAGGGUGGGGAGAUAUAUCCUUUUAUAAAGAAGAAAGAGGAAAGUAAGGUUUUGAAACCGUAA